CAUGUUUUGUUCCUUCUCAGUUCUCUCUGUCUGCCAACGCUUAUGGGCCAUUUCAACAAACUGAAUAGACCUUAAUUAAUUUUGAUAUUUUCAUAUCAGACCAACAUGAUCUCCUCAACAACAGAAGAAUACAAAAAUCAGGCUUCCUGGAGUCUUCCCAGUUUGGGAAAUCCACACAGAGGGAGAAAAACUGAAAGACGAUGCAAGUCAGAGCCUUUUCUUAGACCAGUAAUGUCCCUAAAGCAGGUGGGGUUUAUACAGAUGAUUUUGUCUUUGAUCAAAUUUAAGGGCUCAGAAAGCGUCAGAGAGAAUAAAACUCCUGUGCCACUGGAUUUAGAGAAACCGAUGAAGAAAGGGCAGAUGUUCAUCAGAGACAACAGCAUAAGAACCCGACCACAGAAAAUGAAGUCUGAGUUGCCACACCUUACACAUCAGGAAGAGAAAUCUGAAAAAGCAGGUGGUUGGCAGAUUCCCAAGGAAGAAUGGAAAACCCUCACAAGAUCACCAGCCAAAGUGAUUCUGGAUCCAAACACUGCAAAUCCCACUCUCAAGCUGUCUGCGGAUGGAUGCUCUGUGAGAACAAAGACCCACAAAGAGUUUCAUUUUGAAGAGAGUUACUAUGACUACUACAGAAAAUCCAAACAUAAGUAUGAUGGUUGGACAUAUGUCCAAGCUCAAGAGGGCUACAGUACAGGCAAACACUACUGGGAGGCAGAUGUAACGGGAAAAUGUGAUUGGAGAAUCGGUGUAGUGAAAGAGUCUGCACAACGCAAUGGCUUUACUAAACUGAACACAGCAGCAGGGUAUUGGACUCUGCAUCUGCAGUUAGGUUCCCUCAUGGCUCUGACUGAACCAGUCACCAAACUCAAUCAGGCGCCGCCUUCGAAGAUAGGAGUGUAUCUAGAUUUGGAGGAAGGUCAGGUUUCUUUCUAUGAUGCAAAGAAAAUGAAAGUUAUUUACACGUUUGUAGCAGAAUUCAGUAAGUGUGAGAACCUUUACCCUGUGUUUGGAACUGUGGAGACAGAUCAACCUCUAAAGAUUAUCUCAACAUGAUUUUUAACUGGUCUUUAUAUUGACCGAAACAUUCAUCAUCUAGGUUUAUUAUUAAUUACUUCAAGUCAUGAAGCUUAACUUUUUAAAGGAACAGUCCACCGUA